AAAGGGAGCCGGCGCCGGUGGAGCAGAAGCCCUGAGAGUGGCAGAGGGGGAAACCUCCGCGCUUGCGCAGUCGCGGCUCUGCCUGCCAACCACCACCCCCUCCCGUUGCGCGUGUGUGUGAGGGGGGCACAGCAGUGGCUCCUUUUCUGCUGCCAGCCCCUCAGCGCUCCCCCCCUUACCCUUAACACCCACCCGUGGUGGCCCCUUUUCCUCUCUUUGUGCCCCUCACCCAAGGAGAGGGCUCCUCUCUCUCAACCAUGGCUCAAAUACUCCCUAUAAGAUUCCAGGAGCAUUUUCAGCUCCAGAAUCUUGGAAUUAAUCCAGCAAACAUUGGAUUCAGUACCUUAACAAUGGAAUCUGACAAAUUCAUAUGUAUCCGUGAAAAAGUUGGAGAGCAAGCACAGGUUGUGAUCAUAGACAUGAGUGAUCCAACAACUCCUAUCAGGCGUCCAAUCUCUGCAGAAAGUGCCAUAAUGAAUCCAGCUUCGAAAGUAAUUGCUCUAAAAGAUGCGGGGAAAACCCUUCAGAUCUUUAACAUUGAGAUGAAAAGUAAAAUGAAAGCUCACACAAUGGCAGAGGAAGUGAUCUUCUGGAAGUGGAUAUCUGUGAAUACGGUUGCCUUAGUGACAGAGACUGCAGUCUAUCACUGGAGCAUGGAGGGAGAAUCGCUCCCUCAAAAGAUGUUCGACAGGCAUGCCAGUCUUGCGGGCUGCCAAAUAAUCAACUACAGAACAGAUGAGAAUCAGAAGUGGUUACUGCUAAUAGGAAUCUCUGCCCAGCAAAAUCGUGUGGUUGGUGCCAUGCAGCUGUAUUCAGUAGACAGAAAAGUUUCCCAACCUAUAGAGGGUCAUGCAGCAGCAUUUGCAGAGUUCAAAAUAGAAGGAAAUGCCAAACCAUCCACACUCUUCUGUUUUGCUGUGCGAAGCCCUGCAGGAGGCAAGCUGCAUAUAAUUGAAGUAGGCCAACCUGCUGCUGGAAACCAGCCCUUUGUCAAGAAAGCCGUUGAUGUAUUUUUCCCUCCCGAGGCUCAAACAGACUUCCCAGUAGCGAUGCAGAUUGGAACAAAGCACGGUGUAAUCUAUCUGAUUACAAAAUAUGGAUACAUUCAUAUGUACGACUUGGAAUCUGGCGUAUGCAUUUAUAUGAACCGUAUUAGUGCAGACACUAUCUUUGUAACUGCACCUCAUGAGCCUACCUCAGGAAUUAUUGGUGUGAACAAAAAAGGACAGGUACUUUCUGUUUGUGUUGAAGAGGACAACAUUGUGAACUAUGCCACCAAUGUUCUCCAGAACCCAGACUUGGGUCUGCGGAUGGCCAUUCGGAGUAACUUGGCUGGAGCAGAAGAACUCUUUGCUAGAAAAUUUAAUACUCUUUUUGCACAGGGAAACUAUGCAGAAGCAGCCAAAGUGGCAGCAUCUGCACCAAAGGGAAUCUUGCGGACAAGCGAUACCAUCAGGAAGUUCCAGAGUGUACCGGCUCAACCUGGGCAAGCUUCUCCUUUGCUACAGUACUUUGGAAUCCUCCUUGAUCAAGGACAGCUUAACAAAUUUGAAUCUCUGGAGCUCUGCCGUCCUGUUCUUCAGCAAGGCCGCAAACAGCUUCUAGAGAAAUGGCUAAAGGAGGAUAAGCUGGAAUGCUCAGAGGAGCUUGGAGACCUAGUCAAGACAGCUGACCCAACGCUUGCUCUUAGUGUUUAUCUCCGUGCCAAUGUACCAAACAAAGUAAUUCAGUGUUUUGCAGAGACUGGUCAAUUCCAGAAAAUUGUUCUUUAUGCCAAAAAGGUUGGCUAUACACCAGAUUGGAUUUUCCUGUUGCGAAGUGUAAUGAGGGUCAGCCCAGAUCAGGGCCUUCAGUUUGCCCAGAUGUUGGUACAGGAUGAAGAGCCACUGGCCAACAUUAACCAGAUUGUAGAUGUAUUCAUGGAGAAUAGCUUAAUUCAGCAAUGUCUGCUUGAGAUGAACCUUAUUCAUGCUCCACAGGUUGCAGAUGCCAUCCUGGGAAAUCAGAUGUUUACACACUAUGAUCGUGCCCACAUUGCCCAGCUUUGCGAGAAGGCAGGCUUGUUGCAGAGAGCCCUGGAACACUACACUGAUCUCUAUGACAUCAAGCGUGCUGUUGUUCACACCCAUCUCUUGAACCCAGAGUGGCUUGUGAACUUCUUUGGCUCUCUGUCGGUUGAAGAUUCUGUGGAGUGCUUACGUGCCAUGCUGUCAGCCAACAUCCGACAAAAUCUGCAGCUAUGUGUGCAAGUGGCUUCUAAAUACCAUGAACAGUUGGGCACCCAGUCUCUUGUGGAGCUUUUUGAAUCUUUUAAAAGUUACGAAGGCUUAUUUUAUUUUCUUGGCUCAAUUGUCAACUUCAGUCAAGACCCAGAUGUUCACUUCAAAUAUAUUCAGGCUGCCUGCAAGACUGGCCAAAUCAAAGAGGUAGAAAGGAUCUGCCGGGAAAGCAACUGCUAUAAUCCUGAAAGGGUGAAAAAUUUCUUGAAGGAAGCCAAGCUCACAGACCAGCUUCCACUCAUAAUUGUUUGUGACAGAUUUGACUUUGUUCAUGAUCUAGUUCUGUACCUGUAUCGGAACAACCUACAGAAAUACAUCGAGAUCUAUGUUCAAAAGGUAAACCCAAGCCGUAUUCCUGCAGUGGUUGGAGGGCUUCUAGAUGUGGAUUGUUCUGAAGAUGUCAUUAAAAACUUGAUCAUGGUGGUAAGGGGCCAGUUCUCAACAGAUGAAUUGGUAGCUGAAGUAGAGAAAAGAAAUAGGCUUAAGCUGCUGCUCCCAUGGCUUGAGUCUCGAAUUCAUGAAGGCUGUGAAGAACCGGCCACACACAAUGCGCUGGCCAAAAUCUACAUUGACAGCAACAAUAACCCAGAGCGCUUCCUGCGUGAGAACCCCUUCUAUGACAGCUGUGUUGUAGGCAAAUACUGCGAGAAGAGGGACCCCCACUUGGCCUGUGUUGCUUAUGAGAGGGGGCAGUGUGACCUUGAGCUCAUAAAGGUUUGCAACGAGAACUCCUUGUUCAAGAGUGAAGCACGCUAUCUGGUGCGCAGAAAAGAUCCAGAGCUGUGGGUAAAUGUUUUAGAAGAAAACAAUCCAUUCAGAAGACCACUCAUUGAUCAGGUUGUCCAAACAGCCUUAUCAGAGACCCAGGAUCCUGAGGAAGUUUCUGUGACCGUCAAAGCUUUCAUGACUGCAGACCUUCCCAAUGAGCUCAUUGAAUUGCUUGAGAAGAUUGUUUUGGAUAACUCUGUCUUCAGUGAGCACAGGAACCUCCAGAACCUGCUGAUCUUGACAGCCAUUAAAGCAGAUCGUACACGUGUGAUGGAAUACAUCAACCGUCUGGACAACUACGAUGCCCCUGAUAUUGCAAACAUUGCAAUUAGCAAUGAGCUAUAUGAAGAAGCAUUUGCUAUCUUCAGGAAAUUUGAUGUUAAUACGUCUGCCAUUCAGGUGUUGAUUGAACACAUUGGCAAUCUAGACCGUGCAUAUGAAUUUGCCGAGAGAUGUAAUGAACCAGCUGUUUGGAGCCAGCUAGCCAGAGCACAGCUGCAAAAGGACUUGGUUAAGGAAGCUAUAGAUUCUUACAUCAAAGCUGAUGAUCCUUCUGCCUACAUGGAAGUGGUCCAGGCAGCCAACAGAAACAAUAACUGGGAGGAUCUGGUGAAAUUCUUGCAAAUGGCUAGAAAGAAGGCCAGAGAAUCUUACGUCGAGACUGAACUUAUUUUUGCCUUGGCAAAAACAAAUAGGCUCUCAGAGCUAGAAGAAUUUGUCAGUGGCCCCAACAAUGCUCACAUACAACAGGUUGGAGAUCGCUGCUACGACGAGGGAAUGUAUGAUGCAGCAAAGCUGCUCUACAACAAUGUGUCUAAUUUUGCCCGCUUGGCAUCAACGCUAGUGCAUCUUGGGGAGUACCAAGCAGCAGUGGAUAGUGCCCGCAAAGCAAACAGCACCAGAACGUGGAAAGAGGUGUGCUUUGCCUGUGUCGAUGGAAAAGAGUUCCGGCUUGCACAGAUCUGUGGCUUGCACAUAGUAAUACAUGCUGAUGAGCUGGAAGAGCUCAUUAGCUAUUACCAGGACCGUGGUUACUUUGAAGAGUUGAUUGCCCUCCUAGAAGCAGCUCUGGGUUUGGAGCGUGCUCACAUGGGAAUGUUCACUGAACUUGCUAUUUUGUAUUCUAAAUACAAACCACAGAAGAUGAGAGAACAUCUGGAACUGUUCUGGUCCAGAGUCAAUAUUCCAAAGGUGCUUCGGGCUGCAGAACAAGCGCACCUCUGGGGAGAGUUGGUUUUCCUUUAUGACAAAUACGAAGAAUACGACAAUGCAAUAAUUACAAUGAUGAACCAUCCUACAGAUGCGUGGAAGGAAGGACAGUUCAAGGACAUAAUUGCAAAAGUGGCCAAUGUGGAGCUAUAUUACAAAGCUCUGCAGUUUUACUUGGAUUAUAAACCAUUGUUUAUCAAUGAUCUCCUACUGGUAUUGUCUCCACGGCUGGAUCACACCAGGACAGUCAGCUAUUUCUCCAAGGUUAACCAGCUGCCUCUAGUAAAACCUUAUUUGCGGUCAGUCCAGAACCACAAUAACAAAGGCGUUAAUGAGGCCCUGAAUAAUCUUCUAACAGAGGAGGAAGACUAUCAGGGCUUGAGAGCAUCCAUCGAUGCUUACGACAACUUUGACAACAUCACUCUAGCUCAGCGUUUGGAGAAGCACGAGUUGAUUGAAUUCAGGCGUAUUGCAGCUUAUUUGUAUAAAGGCAAUAAUAGGUGGAAACAGAGUGUGGAGCUCUGCAAGAAGGAUCGCCUCUAUAAGGAUGCCAUGCAAUAUGCCGCAGAGUCCAAAGAUCCUGAAUUGGCAGAGAAACUGCUGCAGUGGUUUUUGGAAGAAGACAAAAAGGAGUGCUUUGCAGCUUCUCUCUUCACCUGUUACGACUUGUUACAUCCAGAUGUGGUUCUUGAGCUGGCAUGGAGGCACAACAUUGUGGACUUUGCGAUGCCUUAUUUCAUUCAGGUGAUGAGGGAGUACCUUACCAAAGUGGAUAAACUUGAUGCUUCUGAAAGCCUAAGGAAAGAAGAGGAACAAGUAACUGAACCCACUCCAAUAGUAUUUGGCCAGCAGCUGAUGUUAACAGCAGGCCCCAACGCAGUACCUCCACAAGCCAACUUCCCAUAUGGAUACACAGCACCGGGAUUCACCCAGCCACCUGUUUAUGGUUUCAAUAUGUAAUUUGUGCUCUGAUGGACCUGUUAAUGGUCUUGGGUCUUUUUUCCCCAUCCCUUUUUACUUCUUUUUUUUUGUCCAAGAAGGCACAGAUGACUCCCAGUGUUCUGGCUGAAUGUGGUCCCAAUGGGUUAAGAGACAUCAAAGGGACACUAUUAUUUAUUGCUAUGUCCUGUUUCAUUUCAACUUGGAAAGGCAGCUUUUUUCCCUUUGUCACUGACAAUUGCAAGGCUCUGGCUGAGGUGGGUACUGCCACUAAACUUACAAUGCUGCAAUAACUUCUUGGGGCCGGGGGCCUGACUCCUCUAUCUCACUGCAGAACCCUUUUGCCAUCCAUGUUCACGCUGGGGCAUACUCUGGCACCAAGCUGUUAGUACUCUAAAAUACUAGACUAUGCUACUUGGUAGCAGGGAAUUAAGUUCAGUAUCCUCCUUUACUAGUGGGAGGCAUUUAAGAAACUGAUUCCACCCUGCGCCUACUUGUAUGUAGCCCUGGGCAAAUAGGAAAGCGUUAGAAGUGUGUUGGUAGGGAUGGGAGCUGAGAACAAAUGUCUACUUGACAGAGUAUUGAGGGGGAGGGGGUGCAGAAAAGCAUCUAAGCCUUCUGGAACAGUUUGAAGCUCUUUAUUGGAGAAUAAAUUGGAUCGUAUCACAGAGCAGACAUUUUCCCAGGUCUUUUUCUUUUCCCCUUUAGCAUAAAGGGUGAGCAUGAUACUUAGUGGCAUUAAGUGGUACACCCUUUGCUGUGAUUUGGGGAGCGAAAGUCUUCAGAGGUGUGUGCCUGGGCAGCUAUGGCUGUGGAAGUGUGUGGUGCAAAGAGACACAGGUUAGGCAAAAAGCACUGUCAGCCUUGAAAUAAAAGGGAGGUGGUGUGCUUCUGCAUAAGUACCUGAAAGCUGAUCCUAAAAACAAGGAUCUGGACUGUCAAGGGUUGAGAACACCUGGCUCCGCCCAGCUUCAGUGGGGCAAGUGGUGUGCCCAGCCACAUGCACGCACACCUCUUCCACUAGAGGAUGCCAACUGAGAUGUACUACUUUGUGCCACUCUUCAGAGAUACAUCAUUAACAUUUUAUGUACUUAGAUAACGAUGUAUAAUUUAUGGCUAUGAAUCUUGUGCUAAUCAUGAAUACUAUGAAAGUCCAAUUAUAAAACGUUAAUCA